CCAGCUCUUCACACAACGCCUUGUCAGCGAGCAUCGUGCUUGCUCGCUGCCCACCUCUUCCACGUUGCCGGCGUGAAAAGAAGAUGUUUUCUCUUUGCUCUCAGAUAUGCCGCUUCGCAGUGGUUUUGUGUAUUGGGUUCUGCUUUGUAGCCGUUGAAGCGCUACCAGGUUUGAACGCGACUCAGAACGAACUUCAGUCUACCGGAUCAUGUUGUGACACUUUGGACUAUUUCCUCCCAGGCAAGGUCCAUGAUGAUACGAUAUUGGAUUUGGACGCCGCAUACGAAGCCUCGCUUGCAUCCUACUAUUCGCAGCAAGAGCAGAGUCUCAAUCCCACAUGUAUAGUCAUCCCUACGACCAACGAAGAUGUUGCUACCGCGGUCUUCAUUCUAAACACCGCAUAUAAGCUGUCCUUGUCCGGUUGCAAGUUCGCCAUCAGAAGUGGAGGUCAUACUCCUCAGGCCGGAGCUGCCAAUAUUGAAGGUGGCAUUACUAUCGAUCUUCAACAGCUGAAUCAGGUGACCAUUUCAACUGACAAGUCCUUUGCGGGAAUUGGCCCUGGGAAUAGAUGGAUCAACAUCUAUCCCACGCUUGAUGCACAGGGUCUUACCAUGGUCGGAGGUAGAGUCAGUACCGUUGGAGUUGGAGGACUGAUGACUGGGGGAGGUGUAUCCUUCUAUUCCGGCCGGUACGGCUUCGCCUGCGACAACAUCUACAACUUCGAAGUCGUGCUCGCCUCCGGCGCCAUUGUCAACGCCAACUCAACCUCGAACCCUAACCUCUUCCGCGCUUUAAAAGGCGGCUCCAACAACUUCGGCGUCGUCACCAGAUUCGACGUCCGCCUCUUCCAACAGGGGAAACUCUGGGGCGGCACUUACACCCAGAUACCGACCCCCGAAACUCGCACCGACGUCUUCAACUUCAUCCACAACUUCACCAAAAGCGCCACCUACGACCCCUACGCCGCGCUCAUCUCCAACUUCGCGUGGGAAGCAGGGGUCAUCGAACUCAUCGUCAAUGACGUCGAGUACACCAAACCGACCCCCCUCCCACCUGCGUUCGAGGGGCUAUUCGAUAUCCCGGGCGUGAGCACCAUGCGCGUCGACUACCUCUCCUCGUUCACCACCGAAAUCGCCGUCGCGAGCUCAACCACGAACGGGAAGAGCAACAUGUUCGCAACGCUGACCUUCAUCAACGACGCUGCUUUCAUGGCUGAGCUCUACGCACUCGCCGACGCUAUGGUCACGGACCUCAAUACUCACGUGCUGGGGCUGCUGUUCACGAUGACAUACCAGCCGCUCCCGCAUGCCAUCUACUCGAAAUCCGCGGCCUCGAACGUGCUGGGGCUCGACCGUUUUACGGAUGACUUCAUCAACUUGCUCGCUGUAGUGAGUUGGCAGUUGGCGUCUGAUGAUGCGACGGUGUAUACAGCGGUGGAGAAGCUGUUUGGAGAUGCGGAGGCAGCGGCGAAGCAGAGGGGGUUGUGGAACGAGUUUGUGUAUUUGAAUUAUGCGGCCAGCUGGCAGAAGCCGAUCACGGGGUAUGGGGAGGAGAGUAAGGCUUUUUUGGAGAGUGUGAGUGAGGUGUAUGAUCCCGGGCAGUUGUUUCAGGUGGGCGUGCCGGGAGGGUUCAAGUUGGCGACCGGGUGAGGGUCGCAAGGGGGUUUGAGAGUGGUGAGAGGUGGUUGAGAGUGGUGAUGAUAGAUCGUAGAAUAUUAUUGAGCUGCCAUGACAGAUAUUCGAUAUACUAUACCCG